CCGGCGGCGGCGAAGGAGGCAUCAACGGCCGAGACUCUUCCGGAGGUGGCGGCGGCGGCGGGGAUGAUGGCGACAUCAACGGAGGUUCGGACAAUGCCGGCGGGAAGAACUUGGCGGAGGCCUUGUUGGUGUUGGCGGAGUCUAAGCGGGGCUUGGAGAGCUUGCCCAAGGACCUGGCCGCCGCGAUCCAGGCCGGUCGGAUCCCCGGGUCGGUUGUGAGCCGGUACUUCGAGCUGGAGAAGUCGGGGCUUUUCAAGUGGUUGAUGCAGUUCGCUGGGUUUAGAGAGAGGCUGCUGGCUGAUGAUCUUUUUUUCGCUAAGGUCUUCAUGGAAUGCGGCGUUGGUCUCUUCACUAAGACUGCUGCGGAGUACCAGCGUCGCGGAGAGAACUUUUUCAAUGAGCUUGAAGUUGUUUUUGCAGAUGUGGUAAUGGCCAUCAUUGCAGAUUUCAUGCUUGUAUAUCUUCCAGCCCCAACUGUCUCUCUCCGACCUCCACUUGCACUCAAUGCGGGAGCAAUCACUAAGUUUUUCCAUGGCUGCCCUGAUAAUGCCUUCCAGAUCGCUCUCUCUGGAACAUCAUACUCAUUAUUACAGAGGAUUGGUGGAGUAGUGAGAAACGGGGCCAAGCUCUUUGCUGUUGGUACUGCUUCAUCACUGGUUGGGACAGCUGUGACAAAUGCGUUGAUCAAUGCAAGGAAGGCUGUUGAUAAGGACAAAGCAGGUGAAAUUGAGAAUGUGCCGAUAGUAUCCACUAGCGUUGCAUAUGGUGUCUACAUGGCGGUUUCUAGCAAUCUCAGGUACCAAGUAUUGGCCGGUGUUAUUGAACAAAGGUGUUUGGAACCGCUACUACAUAAACACAAGCUCAUGCUUAGUGCAAUUUGCUUUGCCGUUCGGACUGGCAACACGUUCUUGGGUUCAUUAUUGUGGGUGGACUAUGCUCGUAUGAUAGGAAUUCAGAAGGCUCAUUAGUAUACGAACUGCUGCAUUUUCUUAUUUUAUAGAGUUUCUUGAAGGCGUGAUUGUUGGUGUGCUGAAUUUUACUCUGUUUCAUAAAUCGGGAAAAAACUGAGACAAUUGAAGUUAUGGGAGUUAUAAGGUGCUAGGUUACUUAGGUUUUUUCCUCAUGUAUUUAUACCGCUCGUGGCUGGGCAAACUUUUUCUGUUUACUUCUCUUGGUGUUGGGCGGAUUUUGUUACAGAAAUUCGAAUAAUGAAAAAAAAGGGCUUUAAAUUUUUUAA